GGCGGGUGUUUGCCUAAUGGCAAACGUCUAAUUGACGUCUUUGGACUGUUGAGACGUAACAGAAGCAUGCUUAAUACAGCGCAUGACCUGUGACAAACAUAUACUAGUCUCUCCCAGUGGACGCACUUCGUCCAUGUUUCAACCAAUUAAAUAAUGUCCUAAUAUGUGUGCGCCAUUUCGGAGGGAAAUAGCACAUCCGCCGGACAUCCAAAUUUGGAUAUCCUAUCGAGGUCGUUUCAAGAAUUAGUAUCGUAUCUGCAUCUUUCUUUCGGCUCACAUGUGAAAAGUUCUCUCAGAGGCUUUGGCUUUCGGUUUCCCGGCGACAGAAGAACGUUUUCUCAUAUGGUCAACUCGUGCAAGCCGAGGCUAUCAUGCCUACAGCUCAUGCGUACAUCAUAAGUUGCGUAUGUCCUGGUGCAAUUGACUCACCAAUCCCCCAUAGUAGGUUAUGCCCUCUAUCCUUAAAUUGUUCCUCGUAUUACCGGCAAGUCCUUGUUCCCUAGUGAAAUGGCGCAAACCACUCUGGCGGAUAGACCAUGAAUGUAAUUUGUUUACCUUUAUCGACCUCAAACCAACUGUCAUUUGGUGCAAGGUUGUGCUGCUGGGGGUGAAAAUAAUGGCGUACUUUUUCUUGAGCAUUAAGUCAAACCAAAUUUUACUGCCAUUGUGCCACCUAAAUUCUUUUUUUCAUCUUUCGUUCUUUACGACUUCGUGCACUUCUUGUCCCAAAUUUUGUGAGACCAAUUCGCAUCUUUGGCACGAGCCAUAUUUUGAGGCCACAACAGUAACCCCCCUUUCCUGUCGCUUUCUCCCUUCACCAAAAAGGCAAUGUUCAUCUUUCCCUUACAUAUUUUCUCUAUCCACUACAGCUGUGCUUAUAUCUCGUCACGCGCUUUGUUGGUCAGUUCCGCUCAUCCCGCACGUGCCAUGCAGACGAUGUCAUCUGGCAUGCCAUCAGCAUCGCCAUCAGCGUGGCCACAUUCCAACCGCGGCUGGUCCCGUCGCAACCCCACCACCGGCGCUGUCGCGUCCCCGUCUUCCGCCGUUGUGACAGAACCGCCGGGCGGUACGCGGCGGCGGAGCAUGAGGCCAACGUGACGUAAGCGCCGGUAAGCCUGCCUCCGGUGUGUUCGGCUACGUCUCGCAACACCCCUUGCGGAGAGGUACCAGCGCACGGGUAUGCCCAAGGCGCCAUCAUGGCAGACCCUAGCGGCGCUCUUGCUGCUACUGCCGCUGGCGUUACCCAGCUGCAUGUGCUUCGUAGGGGUUGCGAGCGCUCGAAGCCGGCGAGAGGUCUUCAAGCGCGCCCGGCCGCCGGGAGGCGGAUACGACGACGGCGGACGGCCAAUCGCGGGCCUCCGAGUUGCCGCGCGCAGCGACGACGCCGGCACCAGAGUGAACCGCACAUCGGCACAACCCAACAAGCGACGGCCGCGCCUCCUGGACGUCGGUAGGCUCCUGCAGCUGGUCGCGACGGACAACGCCACCGGUCACUACCACAGUGGCGGCAGCGGCGAUAACAAGUCCCACCAGCAGCCAGUGAUGAGCCGCCACAUCGACGCGUCCAUGGCCGAGCUGGUGGCACUGCAGACGUUCGACGGGGGCAUCUCCUGGAUCGAAGCCAAGUUCGUCAACGACUCGCGCGGCGCCAGUCGUAGGCGCCAUCACCGGACGAGGCCGUACAGUGUCGAAGAGAGGCUCGCGCUGCUCAUACCGGUGGUCGCUUUUGUGCUGCCGUUCCUGAUUUGGCUAUGCUGCAUGGUGAUCUGCAUCGCGCGAGCCUCGGUAAAAGGGCCGUACUGAAGAACGCACGCGCACUGCAGCGCCACUCUAAUUCAUAGAUAAUGCAGCGCAAGAUGUGCAUCGAUCGUGAUGGUUCUGUGGAAGACUAGCCGUCUAGGAAUUGACCACGUGGUCCACGUGACGGUUCCGCCACUCCUUGCUUCUUGGACCUGAAGAGCAUCGUCUGCAGAUGAUGCAGCACAGCCAUGUACAGCUUCAGUGAAGCCAAAAUGGUUUUAAGUUUGAUUAUCUGCCUGUGUUUCCAUGACACUUCAUUCGUAACAUAUCGUACAAGAGUGGGGAAAAAUGCUACGUGUACAAAAUUUUUUCUCAAUAACUUGCUGGUUCGUCAGAAUGUGUCUCAACGCAAUUCAUUCGAGGUACGAUUCGUUUACUAGUUGGUAGAUCAUUUAAAUAUUUUAUGUGGAAGUAAAUUGCUGUAUAGUGACA